AAUCCAGUUUCGCUUCAACCUUCCUGAAGUAAACAUGUAGCUGUCCGCUCUGUGAAUCGCUCACUAAAUCACAGUUUUCAUCUGUCAGACUGCGAUUUUCACAAAUUCCACUGACUUUCUUUUACUUCAGUGCAAUGUAAACGGAGAUUUUUGGUGCUUUGUUAAUUUACAACUGUUUUAUUCAACCGUUUCUGUGGAUGUUUUACAAAUAUUAAGUGAUAAUCUACCAGAUGUGAGUGUUUUCUUGUGUUACUGACUUGAAUAUUUGUUUAUGAUUUUUAACAAUGUUGUGUAGUAUAGAGGGACGUGAAAAUAGGAUUUGGCCAGUACCUCAAGGACUGAAUUAUAGGAUAGAUUCAGACCUGACAUAGGCCUUUCAUACAUUCCACAUUUAUUAAGAAUCUCUUCUACACCUUCUGGAUUAUUUUUUCCUUUUCAAAUUUACUUGUGUUGUUACAAGUGACAUUGGAAAUGAGUGAUAAUUUCCUUGCAUUUCUAGCAACAAAAAUGACCAUCUCUGUGACUUUGUGACAUGCUUUUUUUGAAGUUAGUGUCGCGUUAUUUGUUAUUACCAUGGUGUUUACUACAUUAAACUUUGGAGGACGUGGGUCAAGUCCGGGUGCCUUCCAAAUAAUUGUAUCUGUGAUCGUUCUACUGAUAUUGACGCCUGUCAUGUCGUUCGUCUUGGGAGAGGAGUGCGAUUGGUCUGGAAGUGGGCUCGGCCACAACGCGGAGCGAGGGGUGACUCCGGUCUACCUGCGCUGUGGCAUGGGGCGGGUGUCGUGGGUCUACCCGGGAGGGGCUCUGAGGGUGCUGCUGAGGCUGGGGUCAUCCGGACGCCAGUUCAGAGGCUGCAUCAAGGCGUCCCCCGAUUUCGCGGGAGCUCGCUUAUUCCUCGAGGGUCCCAGGGGACUGGUGCCUCUACUAGAUCCUCAUCCUAGUCCUAGAGUGCAGUGUUUCUAUUCGCGACACGGCCAAGUGGCGCUGUACAUGGAGGCGCUACACAAGUCGCCGGCCACCUUUCCGCGACAAGUGGCUCAAUUCGACUAUGACCUGGAGGCGCAGCCUCGCUCCCCCAGCCCCUCCUACUACGAUCACACACAAGAAUGCAGACCGUGUACAAACGAAGAAAUGACGCAUGCGUUCUGUUCGAGUGAUCUAGUUACAAGAGGCAUCAUACGAGGCGUGGAGAAUCUCGAUGAUCUGAAAGUGUCUGAGAUCACCGUGAAAGUGACCAAGCACCUGCGGGAGUCGACGCCCGACGAGCUGAGCUCCCUGGCCGAGGAUCUAGCCAGCAACGAGAUAGACAGGACUCAGUCAACGACGGACGGCGACAAACACAAAGACAGGACACAGUCAACGUCCGACACCGACAAACAUAAUGUCACAGUUCGCCUACAGGUGCCACAGCACUGCGGGGCCAGGCACGGAGCUGGUGAAUUUGUUUUCAUGGCGCGUAGAAAACUUGGUGACUUGGUGCUACGUUGUGCACCAAGACUAGAGGACUGGAUUGAUGUGGUGCGGAGUGAGAACGCUAAAGGCAGCGCGCAUUGUUUGUUGUAUAGUUGAUUUGUUGCAUGACUUAUUAUUACCCAUACCUUGAUUACCAUGUAUUCAUUUUUUUAAAGAACACACUACCGUAUUGUGCAUUCAGUUGUGUGUACAUUUUUUGUACAUUAUUAGGGUGCUAUCAUCUCAAAAAACUUAUAAAAACAAUACUUAUGGAAUGGUUAACAACGGUAAUUACUUUGAAAGUAAGCUGGAAUUCAUUAGAUUCAAUCCCUAUAAAUUAUUAGUGGAACUCAGUUUGUUUUCCAAUACCUUGGAACUUGGAUUUAGUUCUCUUGCAUGCUCAAUAUUGACAUUAGAUAAGAUGAUACUUCCAAUAAAAGAUGACAUUCAUAUUCUGGGAGGUGAACACUGGUUCUUUUGGUACCUACCCCCUUGUUACAAUCCUGAAUCCUGGAUGGCCUGAGAGGUCAUUAAUAAAAAUCAAGGUUGUUAAAAUAGUAUACCUAUUCUGUUAAUUUGGUGCCAUACUGUCAAUAUUUAUUUUUGAAAAUAAGGUAUCUUCCUCUUUUAUAAUAUUAAAAUCAACACAAUUGAGAUACAGACCAUUUCUUAUUCUGGAAUCUGCGUCAAAUUUGAUUUAUUGCUCAAUUUAUUAAUAUACUCCUCCAUUCUUUACAAAUUGAUUAAGUCAUCUACUUUUAAUAAUUUUAUAUAAUAUCAAGGGUGUACAUAUUUUCCUUGUAAAUUUGUAAAUUACUGUAUAAAAAUAAGUGGACAGUAAAGGAAAUGCUACAUUCCACAUUAUAAUGUAGAUAACUUAUUUGAAUUGAAUAUUUGGAGAGCAAUGCCAGGGUGUGUUAUUUCCAAUAUUAUGUGCAAUCUACCAUCUUAUUAAGGUUUUCAAUUGUUUAUUAAAUAAGUCUUUGAAAACAUUUUUCUCAUAUUAUUUCAGGAUAUUCUCUAUGCAUUGUAAAGUUUUUAUGCUUGUUAUUAAUUUUGUUGGUGGAUACUUCUUGUUUUUGUACAGACAGAAAAAUAUCUUAUAUCAACAAUAUUUUAUUUAUUUGUGUAAUCUUUUGAUUAUUUUCAGAUAGAUAGGUUUUUGAACUUUAAAGUGUAUUUAGUGCAGUAUUACUAAGUAUCUUGAUUGUUCAUUGUUUUCCCUUCAACUCGUGAUAAUAAUUUAUAUGAACGUUGAAUAUAAAAAACACUUUUGAAGUAGAAAAACUUACUUUUCAGCAGUUACGACGUUUCGACUUGUGGGUCAUCUACAGACACUGCUAAAAAGUGAGUAUUUUUACUUCAAAAGUGCUUUUUUAAUCCAAAGUUUCAAUUAAUAGUUGACAAGAAUGGUCAAACAACACACUAAUUUCUUUAACAUAAGUAUAGCCUAUGGUUUAUUAGUUGUAAUUCUCUUUAUAUGUUUUAUUUUAUUCUCUGUUUUAGUGAAUUCAUAGUGCCAAAUCAGUUAUCUUUCUCUAGAGAACUAUCAACUUUGAACUCUUUUCUCUUUGAAAUGUUGUUGAUUAUUAUAUUUUGUUGUACUUUGUUAGUUUAUGAAGCUAGAUGUUAUAAAGAAUACUAUUUUCUGCUGCCAUAAUAAUUCAGUAAUUGAGUAUCUCAAAAUAGAUUACUUUCAACUUUGGCCUUUUGAAAAAACCUUUUAAUCAAAUAAUAAAUAGAAAAAUUAUUGAGCUUUGACUAUGUAUUUUUGGUGUAAAUAAAAACGAAAAAUCAUCUAUGUAUAUAAAAUAUACACGUGUACGUAUGUAAAUAAUAGGUGAAGUAUAUAUAUUAGGAAUAUAAGAUCAGUUGAGUUUUUUAGAUAGAGUUGAGCAUAAAUAAAUUUAAGUUGCUCAUUGAAGACUUCAAUGUUAAUGCUAUUGGAAUAAAACAUUUUAAUAUUAUAUGGAUCUAUGAAUGAUACAUCUUUCAGUCAUAGAUAUAUCAUUGAUACAGUCUAUUUCUUUGUUUCUCACAUUUAGAUAAUUACUAUUUUCAUUUAAAUUUUAAUUUGUUAUUAAUUUCUCAAAAAAUAUUUUUUGAGAUUUCAAUGCUAAUCUAAAUCCAAUUUUCAUUCAAGUUCACAUGAGAUGUAAUUGAUAAAACUCAUGAAGCAGGUCAAAUAUGCAUUAUCAGAUUAAAUCCAAAGAGCCCUUGUAUCGAAAGUAUCAAUUUAUAAGAAUAGAAUAAAAAUGAUAAUCAUUAUUUUUUGUGAAUCGAAUAGGUUCUUAAACAUAACACAUGAAUGAAAGGAUAAUUAUUGCUCAAUGAUUAGCGUUCAAGUUUGUACUUACAAAUACAGCCAUGUUCCUUGCUCUAUCAUUUCUAAAGGUUCACUCACGUCAUCACUCCACAUUUCUUUACAAUAGAAAACCGAACAGCCCGGCCUCUUGAUAUUUUAUUCAUGAACCUUGGAUACCCAACUUAUCCUUCCAUUGUAAUGUGCUUGUAAGAUGACUUUCUGCAGGAUUCCUUUCUUUCUAAAUGUGUUUCCUUCUCUGUUGCUCCUACACUCUACUCAUCUUGCCCCAAAGAGGAAUAGCAUUUCUCAUCACUCUUUCCAGAGAACACACGCUAACCCCUUAUGCAGACAUGGACUGCAGUCAGGCCAUAUGGCUGUACCAUUUAUGGGAGUCCGAGACUGCAAAUGCUGCAUUUGAAAAGAGACCAUUGUACAAGCACUACUUCAAUUAGUAACACUCCAUAAGAAUCAUGCUGUUUGGAAAAGCUUGAGAGAGUAUAAGUAGUCUGCAUAUCUGUAUACAUGCAUAUCAAUCUCUAUUUGAUGCCAAUUGAACUCUAUUAACAAUCAAUAAUAUUGAGAAUCCAAUUCUUGCAGUAUUGUGGUGUAUCGGUACUUGAAAUUAAUUUCUUAGAAGAAGAAGUAUUGUAUUUCAAUUAUCAAUAAUCACCUACAAUCAAUUGAGAAUGACUAUUCCCAAAUAGUAAAACAAUAGUCACUUGGAAUCUCCUGUGAAUUUGAACCCAUUCUGAUUUUUUUAAUAUAUCAUUAACCUAAUUUUCAAAAGAACCAUUCAGGCUAUGUUGAUUUUAUUCUAUUGUGCCAUUAUGUUCAUCUUGACUUGUAAGAUGAGAGAAAUUAGAUAUACUUAAAAGAUACUUUGAAAAUGUUCUACUAAACUUCAAAAAUUAUUUUCAUAUCAACCUUAGUAAAAUGAUAAAUCCAUGUAUUAUUAAUAUUACAGAAUUUUACUAAUUUUCGGAAUAGAGAAAAUCCAGUGAAUCUAAUUGUCAAACUGUAAACCUGACGAAUUUAUGUUUUUUCACAGAAACAUUUUUAAUCAAAUCAAUAGAUUAUUAUUCACAAUAUUAUUGUCAUUAGAAAAUAUUUAUACAAUAUA